GUUUUCUCAAAAUGGCUGCCACUGACCGCUACGGUAGUCGGAACAAGUAAAUAUUGGAAGCUCCUGGUUUUUAGAAGCUCUUGUACUCACCCGUCCAUGAAUGACACACCACUAACAAAUACAACAAUACAAUAAUGGCAGAUGAUUCUGAGACAUUAGAUGAGGUAUUUUCCAAAUAUGGACAUUCCUCCAAGAAAAGUAAAGAAGAGAAAGAGAAACCCAGCGAAUUUGUCAGUCAACUGCAGGAACGAGCCAAGUACAUAAGUCGAAUGGCACGGCCGACCUCUAAUAAACUUUUGCACGAUGUUGUUAAUGCUAAUAAUUUAGCCAGCUCUGGUGACCCGGAAAUGGAUGAGUAUAUGGCAGUAAUUCGAGGCACAAGAAUCUCCUCCGAUCUCUCUCCUGUAGUGAAGUCUAAGCCUGAAUCAACAGAUUUUCAAGUGGACUUUGGGAAUGAUAGUACUACAACGAGGACUGUAAACUCAACUGCACAACCUGAUCCCCUGGUGAAUUUUGGUGUUUCGGACUCGCAGGUACCUGUAGCUGACGAUCCGUUCUCUGAUGACACCGACUGGAUGGGGGAGAUUUUGAAAAUUGAGAAGAAAUGGCAGGGUCACAUUGACCCAUUUGAUCCAUUUCAGUACACGCCGACUACUGAACUGAAAUCAACAUCCGAUGUUGCCAGCAAUAAGCCAAAUGAUUCUCCGCAACCAUCCACAAACCAAGCCAGUAAUAAGCCUAGUGUUUCACCACAGCUCUCCACAAACCAAGGGGAUAAUUUGUUUGAUGAUAUGGAUUGGUUGAGAGAAAUUGAAAAAAUAGAGCAAAAAUGGCAAGGUGCACCAAUAGAUGAACAGGGAAAGAAAGCAGAAAGAAGUUCUGAGGGUGAUGUUUCACCACAAAAAAGGGCACGACAUACUGAUGAGAAAGAGGAAGUUAUCACUGUGGAAAUGAAACAAAAAGAGGAAGAUGAAGUUGUUGACUUCUCUCUAAUUAAGAGAUCCAAUACCCUUGAUAUUGACAUGCUCAAGUCAAGAGCUGAUCUGAGGAAAAAAGGCACCCUAAAAGACCGAAGAAAACCAAGUAGACCCUCCAGUUUGUAUGUUCCAAAAGAUUAUGAAAUGAAUGUACAGUUGCUAUCUGAUGCCAUCUUUAGAGACUCAACACAGCCUAAACCACUAAAAGUUGAUGAUGAUGAUGAUGAUGAUAAUGAUGAGAAAGAGAAAAAGGAUGAAGAGAAGACAUUAUUAGACCUUCAAGAACCGGGAAAACUAAAGAAACCACCUCCAGGAGCUAUACCAAGUCCUUUCCUACUGCCUGGCCUUGGUGCAGGCUUUCCACCACUCAAGAAGACACAGCCUAAAGUGCCUGUAGCCAAGUCACCCACAGAGAAAGCAGGCAGUGAACCAAAAGUACUUGAUGAGAAAACAAAAAAACCUGUUGUGCCUGAAAGACAUAAAGGAUCAACAAAAGAGACAAAAACAAUAAAGAAACCGUCUGUGAAAAAACAGAAUGAAAAAAAAAUGUUUGAAGUGGAGAAAACCAAUGAGAAGACAUCUAAAGAACAUGAUAAACCAAAUCAGCUGAGUCCACUGUGUUCACCAACAGGAUCAUCUAAUGUGCUGUUGUCAUCUAUACAUUCACCACAUCCUGCUAUGAAUACAUCUAAGAAACGUGAUCCACCCCCCAAACCACUGAAGCCAUUGAAAAAACCACCCAUGCCAGAAAAAAAGAAAGAAACAGAUGUUAACUCAACUGAGGUUGAUAGUUCAAUACAUUCCCUCAAAAUUGUAUUACCACCAGUUGACAGCCAAGAAACCAUUGAAAAGAAAGAAGAGAAAGGAAAUGAACAGAAGGAGCAACAUUCACCACCAAAAGAAAAAGCUCAAAUUGAACAUAAUUCGACACCUGAAGAAAUUUGCAAUAAAGAAAAAAAAACUUUAACAAUAGAAGAAAAAAGGAUUUUUAAAAAUUCAUCAACUAAAGAAGAGACUAGAGAAAUUCAGUCACCAGUGGAAGUAAACAUCAUUAAAACUAUGGAAUUAGAGAAGGAUGUACUACCCAAGAAAGAAUUUAACAUUUUAAAAAUAGUUGAUACAGAAGAUGAAAAGGAGAGAGAAAACAAAGCUGAAACAGAAAAAUACGCGAAUGAAAAAGAAAUAGAUGAGCCAAAGGAAAAUGAAGUAUUUUUGGCAGAUCUUGAGGAUGAGGAAAAUAUUAGUCAGAAAAUUGAAGAUGAUAAAGAAGAUAAAUUAAUUAUCGAAAAACAGAAUAAAUUUUCAGAAAAGAAAACAACUGAUGAUGUUAAGAAAAUAGUGAAAAUUGAACAUAAUGGAGAAAUCGAAAAGGAGGAGAAAGAAAAAGAAAAUAUAGCUACAACAAAAUUGAGAACUCUUGAUGAUGAAGAGCAUAAAGAAAAAUUUACAAAAGAGGAGAAAACGAAAGAAGUUUUAGUUAUUGAGAAAAGUGUGAAGUUUCCAAAAAGUUUGAAAACAGAGACGAUUAGCAAUGAAGAGAAGGGACCAGGAAAAGAGGUUACUGUGAAGAAGAACUCAGAGGAACUCAAAUCUCCAUCAUGGAUGACAGAAACUAAGUUGAUAUCCCCACGGGCAUCGCUAAAACCUUUAGAGAAAAGUACAACCCCAUCAAUACAGGACAAUUCAGCUGGUCCCUCAUGGUUGCAAGAAGCCAGGGCCAAACAGAGAGCCAACCGGGCAAAGUUAGAUGAGAAGACAGAUGAUGGUAAAGACAAUUCAAAGAGUGUGCACAGUGAUAUUGAAGUAAAUGGAUUUUCUUCAACAGACACAAAGUUAACAAGAAAACUACCACCAAUUAUACCAAAACCACUGUCACCAAGGAUACUGUCACCAUCAGAACCCAAAAUAGCAUCGCCUUCAAAUUCGGAAAUGUCGUCUCCCACUGAAUCCCAAGUGAUGUCUUCCAGAGAAAAACAAGUUUUGUCACCCAAAUAUACUGAAGACAACAAAGAGCUGAGUACACCAAAAGGUAUACCUCAGUGGAAACAGGAACUAGCUAAACGUAGACAAGAAUCUUUAAGUACUGGUAAAAAGACUACUCCUGUGAUUAUUCCAGCCAAAAAAGACCCAUCAACACCAAUGAAGACGACACUGCCGCAGUGGCAGCUGGACCUUGCAGCCAAGAAAAAGACAAAUAAAACCAGCACUUUGGACAAGUACUUAGUGGAAGAUAAGGAAGACAAUGAACCUGCCUGGAAGAAAGAAGCUGCUAAACGGAGAAAGCAAAGACAGAGUAUGAGUAGUUUGGAGACAAGUAGUCCUGUUAUAGUUGACAAAGAAGCAGACAUCCCGGUGUGGAAGAAAGAACUGAUGCAAAGAAGAAGAAAAUCAGACAUCAUUAUAAAAAGCUCUUCAAAAGAUAGUAAUCCAACAACUCCUGAUAAGCCAGCAUGGAUGAAAAACUUGUGUAUGACAGCAAAUAAGGAUUCUCCUAGCAAAGAAUUUGAAAACCAGCUUUGUGGGAAAUCUGAUGAUGAAGGUGAAACUGCUUAAUAAUAAGACACAAUAAGUAUUACAUGUAUAUUUGGUGCUCUUUAAGAAGACACAAGUUGUGAAACAUUAUACCUAUAUGCGCUUUAUGUUGGUGGGGUUACUGCUGACCUCAUUAUGCCGGUGGGGGUUUGUUGGUUGGUUUGUACUGCUAUGUUUAUGCUUUUAGUAACCGGAACUUUCUUUUGCCAUUAUGGGUUUUUCAUCAGUGAAGAUUAACAUAAUUAGACCACAAUUAUAUACAACAAUAUUAGUUUGGUGACUUCUUCAGUCAGCAAUAAUUUCAAAUGUUAUUUUGACUUUUUCAUGAGACUGUAAUUUUUCAGGAGACAUUAAAAAAAUGAAGUCGGACUACUUUAAGUUGUUGGAACUUGGAAAUCACUAAGUUUUCAGCCAUUGAGGGUGCUGUUACAUGAAAGGUGUUGUACUGUAUAUCCAGUAGUGAAGUAGUAGUAAGCGAAGAUUUACACCAAUUUGUUUUUUCAAAUUACAUAAUUAUGGUCUACCAUACCAUGGUUGGAGACUCUUUCAUUUUCAACAAAACUUUACUUAAACAAAGAGUGAAUUCAAAAUA